CCUCAAAAGAAUUGUGAGUGUGAAAUACUCACAUUAUACUUUGGAAAUUAACUCAUGGAAAAGAUGGGUGAGGAGCAAAAGCAGCUAUUAUUACCAAAAACUCAUGUCUCUCCUAAGGGUGGCUUCAAAACCAUGCCUUUCAUCAUCGGUAAACAGCCAGCCCCGGCCUUGUCUAUUUCUUCUUCUUCUUCCUUGUUCUAUUUAUUGCAGAAGAAAUGGUAAUGGAUGGAUGAAUAUAAUGAUGAACAGGGAGUUCUGGGUUGAUGGGUAUGGUGACAACAGCAAUAGGAGCAAACAUGAUAGUGUAUUUGAUGAGAGAGUUUCAUAUGGAAAUGGCUUCUGCCUCUAAUUACAUCUACAUUUUCUCUGCCCUCUCUAACACUGCGCCCAUAAUCGGAGCUUUCAUGGCCGAUUCUUUGGUGGGCCGGUUUCAAAUGAUUGGAUUUGGGUCUUUCUUUUUCUCUUUGGUCAGCAACGCUUUCAUUUCACUUCACCCAUCCUCUAACUGGGAACACUUCUUAUUUGGCUACCAACAGUGAUCAUGCAAGCCAAGCCUCAUCCCUGUAGUGAAUCCAGUGACAGUUGUACCCCUGCCACCACACCACAGCUCAUUCUGCUAUGCACUGCUCUUAUCAUGAUCGCGGUCGGAUACGGUGGGGUGACAUCAUCCUCUUUAGCAUUUGGUGCUGAUCAGUUGAAGCAUUUUCAGAACAAUGCAAGUAAAAUAGAGAGCUAUUUCAGCUGGUCUUAUGCCACCAGUUCAUUUUCUGCAAUAGUUGGUUCGGUCGGUUUGGUUUACCUCCAAGAAAACUAUGGGUGGAGAAUAGGCUAUGGUGUUCUUGUUGCACUCGUGCUCUUUGCAGUGCUCACAUUCUUCUCCGGUUCGGUUUGGUAUUUGAGACUGAACCCAACCAAGAACCUGGUCAACGGUUUGUUUAAGGUGAUGGUUGCCUCUUAUAGGAAUAGAAAUAUCAAACUUUUUUCGGGAGAUACAGAACUUGAAUAUCAUUCAAAAGGUUCAACUCUUAGUCAUCCAAGUGGCAAGCUAAGGUUUCUGAACAAGGCCUGCAUUAUACAAGAUCCUGAACGAGACUUGAAUGGAGAAGGAACAGCUGUGAAUCCUUGGAAGCUUUGCACCGUUGAUCAGGUGGAGGAGCUAAAAUCCUUGAUAAAGAUAAUGCCAAUAUGGAUCACAAGGAUUGUAAUGUCCCUAAAUACUUGUCAGGGUUCUUUUGCAGUCCUUCAAGCAACCUCUCUGGACCGCCAUAUCGGUUCAAAAUUUCAACUACCAGCAGGUUCAGUAUCCUCAUUCGCUUUAGUGUUCAUUGUUGCUUGGAUCAUACUAUACGACCGCAUCUUACUGCCCUUGGCAUCCAGAAUCAGGGGUAAAACCGUGCAUUUUAGCACGAAGUCAAGAAUGGGGUGCGGGGUCUUCAUUUCGUUCUUGUCAAUGGCUGCAAUGGCAACGAUGGAGGGUAUCAGGCGAGCAGUGGCGAUCAAUGAGGGAUAUGAAAAUAAUCCUGAUGGGGUCCUCCACAUGUCCAUACUAUGGGUGCUACCCCAAUAUGCCCUUAUGGGAUUCGCAGAGGGAUUGAAUGCAAUCUCGCAAAAUGAAUUUUAUAUUUCGGAGUUGCCAAAGAGCAUGUCGAGCAUAGCUUCUAGUCUUUACAUGCUAAGCAUGGCCAUUGCCAGCCUUUUGUCAAGCUUUCUUAUGACCACCAUCAAUAACUUGACUAACAGAGGAGGGAAGGAGAGCUGGAUUUCGAGUAACAUAAACAAAGGUCACUACGAUUAUUUACAUUGGGUGCUUGCUGGAUUAAGCAUCACCAAUUUCCUAUUUUUUCUAGCUUUCAGCAAGGCUUAUGGUCCUCUCAAAGAUGAGAAAUUUGAGGCUCAGGGAACGGCAGAAGAUGGCAAGGCCUAGACUUGCCUAAUUAGGUUAGAGGCAUAUUACGAUAUCUCAUUCGGAUGUAUUAAAUAAUUCUAGUCUUAUUGAUGUAAAAUUAUCCAGUGUGACUCGUGUUUUAGGCUUUUAGCCAAGGUUGUGAACUUGUGAUUUCCAUGUCUAAAUAUAAAGGCUAAACAUGAACUAA